AUAUAUAUAUACCCUAAUAUCACACUCAUAAGAGUCACAGUGACUCGAACUCAUUUCCACUCCCUCCCAAAUCACGUGAGAGUGAAGCCUUUACAUGAACUAUACUUUGUUACAACAUAUGAAAAAACUAGAGCUCAAACUCACAUUUGGGGUUAUGAGGGUAUGAUCAUGUGCAUGUAACAACAGAAAUGAGUACAAAAAGAUUACUAUCCGACACUUAUUUCCAUUCAAUCCCACCCAUAAUCCGAAAUUCCAUUCAGUGGGCCCAAAACUGCAACACCCAAUCAAAGCCGCCUUUUUUACCAAAGGGGCCCUCCGUAUUAGCCACAAAUCUCAUCAAAUCAUACUUUGAAAGGGGUUUGAUUAAAGAAGCCCGGGUACUGUUCGAUGAAAUGCCUGAGAGAGACGUGGUUACAUGGACAGCCAUGGUUGCAGGGUACACCGCUUGCAACCGCUACUGCCAUGCAUGGACUGUGUUCGGUGAGAUGGUGGGGAACGGAAUUGAGCCAAAUGCUUUUACUUUGUCCAGUGCUUUGAAGGCGUGUAAGGGCAUGAAGGCUCUUUCAUGUGGAGAAUUGGUUCAUGGAUUAACUAUCAAGCAGGGAGUGGAGGGGUCUAUGUACGUUGAUAAUGCACUCAUGGACAUGUAUGCUACUUGUUGUGCUAGCAUGGACGAGGCAUGCAUGGUCUUUCGGGAUAUACGUGCAAAGAAUGCCGUGUCAUGGACUACUUUGAUCACGGGGUACACUCAUAGAGGUGAUGGCUAUGGUGGGCUUCGAGUUUUCCAGCAAAUGUUGCAGGAGGAAGCAGAACUCAACCCAUUUAGCUUUUCUAUUGCGGUUAGAGCUUGCGCCUCAAUUAGCUCUCACACUUUGGGCAAGCAAAUACAUGGAGCAGCGAUUACUCAUGGGUUUGAUUCCAAUCUUCCUGUCAUGAAUUCUAUACUAGACAUGUAUUGCAGGUGUGGGUUUUUAUCUAAGGCAAAUCAGUGCUUCCAUGAAAUGAAUGAAAAAGACUUGAUCACAUGGAAUACUUUGAUUGCUGGACAUGAAAAAUUGGAUUCCAGCGAGUCCUUGCGUAUCUUUUCACAGAUGGAGUCAGAAGAUUUUAGUCCAAAUUGCUUCACGUUUACCAGCGUUACAGCCGCCUGUGCUAAUCUAGCAGUUUUGAAUUGCGGACAACAGGUUCAUGGAGGAAUUGUUCGUCGAGGCCUUGAUGGUAACUUGGCAUUGGCUAAUGCCCUUAUUGACAUGUAUGCCAAGUCUGGAAGCAUAACUGAUUCAUGCAAAGUUUUUAGUCAAAUGAGCUGCAGAGAUUUGGUCUCUUGGACUACAAUGAUGAUCGGAUAUGGGGCUCAUGGAUAUGGAAGAGAGGCUGUUGACUUGUAUGAUGCGAUGAUUAGAUCAGGUAUUAGACCUGAUAGGAUUGUGUUUAUGGCGGUUCUGAGUGCUUGCAGCCAUGCUGGACUUGUAGAUGAAGGUUUGAGGUACUUCGAAUCAAUGAAGGGUGAUUAUAAAAUCACCCCAAAUCAGGAGAUUUAUGGUUGUGUUGUGGAUCUGCUGGGGCGUGCAGGGCGAGUUAAGGAGGCUUACCAACUAAUAGAGAGCAUGCCAUUUAAACCUGAUGAGUCUGUUUGGGGGGCACUUCUUGGAGCUUGUAAAGCACAUAAGCUUACGAAUUUGAGCAAAUUGGCAGCUCGAAAGGUAUUAGAUUUGAGGCCAAAUAUGGUGGGUACUUACGUGAUGCUGUCAAAUCUAUAUGCAGCUGAAGGUAAGUGGGGGGAGUUUGCAGAUAUCAGGAAGUUGAUGAGAGGGAUGAGGAGUAAGAAAGAGGCUGGGAGGAGCUGGAUCGAGGUAAAAGACGAGGUUCAUAGUUUUGUUGUUGGAGAUAAAAUGGGUUCACACAUAAAGUGGGUGUAUAGAGUUUUGGAUUUGUUGAUUUGUCAUAUGAGGGAAUCAGGAUAUGUACCUGAUUUGGAUUGCUUAAUCCAUGACCUAGAAGAUGGGACUUAAACGAAAUCUGAAGUUAAAGGGGUUUGAAAGCCAUAUUGAUAAAGAUGUUAUGGUUCUGGAACACUAUUAGGUUAUCCUAUACAACCUUACGUUGGGUACAAGAAAGGAAAGAGGAAGGAAUUCUUUGUGAGGGUCUCUUGAGAAGUAAAAUUUUGGUACAUCUAAAUCCAGUGAAAGAGGGGAAAACGUAAAUCAAGAAGUGUUAAUGACGAAUUUCACACUUUGCUACAUCAAAGCCUUCAAAAGGAGGGCAUCACUGAAGAUUCAGGAAAUUAACUCGCAUCCUCUCAUUAUAUGCUGCAACUAAAUUAAAGAUGACAGAUAUUAUUGUCAAUGUACUCGCGUGUUGUUUGGCAGCAAAACACAUAAAUUGGUUCACUGGUAAAACUUUUCUUGUUAAUUGUGGCUGUCAUUCACUUUUCUACUUUCUUCAAACCAUUUCUCAUCUGCCUCUGGUUAAUGCAAGAUGGAGUGAAAAUGAAGAGCAUAACCAAAAAUUGAGAAAUCUGUCUUCUAUAAAUUU